UUCAGUUCGAACUUUGGAAACCAUUAUGAAAAUUCCAUUUCACACAUUACUUGGACCACUGUUGAAGAGAAACCACAAAACCAUCAAAGUUUUUUGUGCCCAUCCAGCGUUGAGAUUUGCACCGUUUUAUGUAGCUAUUUUAGGGAUCCUCGGUGUGAUUCUCAGUAUUUUUGACAUAGUACGAAUAAUAAAAUGUGGACCGGUAUUACCAGGGUUUCUUUGGAGGGAAAGAUUGAAGAGUGGAACAUUCAUCACCCCGGAAGCUGAAAGAGAUGCUAAAUUAAUAUGUCUUGUGUUAUCUGCGGAGUAUUAUUUCUUUCUGCUUGUUGGUCUGUUGACUGGUAAUCCUAUUUUCUUCCUACCGUUCCUGUUACUCUAUUCUGUGAUCAUUUUGUUGGAAGCCUUUAUAUUCGUCAUCAAAGCUUUCGUAGAGGGAAUAGAUUUCAAGAAAUAUGGACUCGUCAUGUCAAUGUUUAUGAUAUACAACUGGAUGUCGGUAUUCUGUGUUUUUUGUCGGAUGGUCACUGGUUGUGAUGUGUAGAAAUAAANUUGGAAAUU